UCCAACCUCGCUCUCUCUCUCUCUCUCUCUCUACAAAGCCAAGUGUGCACACCACAGCAAUGUCGCACCGUCACUAGCCACCAAGAGAGACCUCAUCCCACAGCAAUCAAAACACACGGCACUUCCUCCCUCAUCAUCUCUCCUCUCUUUUGAGUCUUCUUAUCUCUCCUUAGCCUUCUUCCAACCACUGCAUCAUUCUCUACAAGCUUCAUGGCAUCAGGAGAAGAAGCUUCAGAAUCUCUCAAAUGCAUGACUUGGGUGUUAAAGGUCUCCAUCCACUGCGAAGGAUGCAAGAAGAAGGUGCAUAAAAUCCUUAAAGGCAUUCCAGGUGUUUAUGAUACGGAGAUUGACGCAAGACAGAACAAAGUCACGGUUAAGGCCAGUGUUGACGCUGAUACACUCAUAAGGAAGCUCGACAAGUCCGGGAAGCGCGCCGAGCUGUGGCCGGAGAGGAAACACAGCAAUCAACAGCCCAGCAAUGGCGACACCAGCAAUAGGAAAGAGAGCAAACAAGUCCCUAAACACAAGGAGCCAUCGGUGAGCUCUGAGAAGAAACCAAUCCUCUCCGAGAGGAGCCCUGCUGCUGCUGCCACCGUCGCUCCCGCUGCCAAACCACCUGAAGCUGACCAAAGAGAAGCUCAAGCCAAACCCCCAAAAGACCCAUCACAAACCAAUAGGGUAACUGAGGAAAGCGCCAUAAAAGAUCCCCAAACUUCCGAUGCAACGAAGACCGACAUCUCCACCAAACAGCACGAUAAUUCCGCCGCCGCAGCUGCUGCAUCCGCCGGCGGAGAUCCGAGUUCCCAUAGCGGUGGCGGCAAGAAGAAAGGCAAGAAGGCUCAGAAAGAGGGCUCCGCGGACUUGGGACACAUGCCCUCUUAUCCGAUGUACCCGCCACCCCCGGCGUACGUGACGAGCUACAACAUGGCGCAACCGAGCUUCAGUCAGGCCUACUACGCCCCCCCAGUGCCGCCCGCUUCGCAGGGCUAUGUUUACAUGCCACAUCCACCUCCGCCAGAGUCGUACUACAGUUAUCCGGAACCGAGCUCACUGGCAUCGACGCAGCCAUCGCCGCCUCACGACAGCAUGUUCAACGACGAGAACCCCAACGCUUGCAAUCUUAUGUGAUCGGAGCCGCCGGCAGACGACCGUCGGAAUCUGGAAGCCUUCAUAGUAUAUCCUCCCCUUCGUUUAGUCAGUUCGUAGGUGUUCGACAAAUCUACCUGAGCUUAUACCACUCGUACGAGUGAAGUACUCUUGCAUCAGCAGAGAUGUGUUCUCCUUGUUCACAUACUCUUCUGCAGUAACAUGUUUCUCGUGUAAUUAAUACUACUGUGAUCACUUGUUCAAGCUUAAGACAAAGCUCGGUUGCCAUUUGUGUUCUGGUUAA